UGGGAGUACCGAUAGCUGAUGGCUUCAUCCCGUUGGUUGCAGCUACACAACUGCACUUCCCAUCGUAGCGCAGGUGGUUCGGUGCCGCGCAGGGCUGCGAGAGUCGCUCUUUCGUCGCUAAUACUGCAAACUUCACUCUCUCUUCAUCCUUCGUCCUCGCUUCGUUGUCAUUCACACUGUUACUGUAGCCGCAACGAUUUUCCUGCUGCGGAAGUAGCAGAAAAUGACUCUAAUAAAGUGCAUUUGAGUAGCCCCGAACUGGUGGCAUUGGAGUAUGCAGAUCUUAAUCUUUCGUACAAGUUGGACUUGGGUCCUGUGAGAAUCAGGCAACAUGUCAAUCCCUUAAGUUCCUCUUUCUCUGUACCCACACAAGCUCCGGACUGGAAUCAAGUCUUCAGUGACCCAACAUUGCCACUCAUGGUUGACAUUGGAUGUGGUAGUGGCAGGCUUCUUUUAUGGCUUGCUAAACGAAAUCCUGGAGUUAGAAAUUAUUUGGGGUUGGAAAUAAGGCAAAAGUUGGUCAAGCGUGCUGAGGUAUGGGUAAAAGAUCUGGCUCUUAAUAACAUUCAUUUCUUGUUUGCAAAUGCCACGAUUUCCUUCAAGCAUUUGGUUACAUCAUAUCCUGGGCCAUUGAAGUUUGUUUCAAUUUUGUGCCCAGACCCACAUUUCAAGAAGAGACAUCAUAAAAGAAGAGUUGUACAGAAGCCUUUGGUUGGUGCUAUUGCAGAGAUGAUGGUGCCGGGGGGACAGGUUCUUAUCCAAUCUGAUGUUGUUGAAGUGGCACUUGACAUGAGAGAUCAGUUUGAUGAAGUUGAAGCACUUCAACAUAUCGAUGCUGUGAACCCAAGCAUGUUGUGCGACUGUGAAGGAUGGCUAUUAAGCAACCCCAUGGAAAUAAGGACCGAGAGAGAGAUUCACGCAGAAUUGGAAGGUGCAAGAAUUUUCAGAAGGAUGUACCAGAAGCAUAUGUAACUAAUGGAGUCAUUAGAAGAGAUGCUUAUUAGAUAGUAGGUAUCAUGUAUUUUAUUCUAUUACUAAAUAUUAGGUAUCUGUGUUUUGUGUAGUUUGAUGAAUGAGCCGCGUUAGAGGUAUUGAGUCACGGGAUGAGUUGGGAAAGAAGACUUGUUUUCAUACAGAAAAUAUGGUAGAAAACUGUUAUUUGAUUUUGGUAAAAA